AUGAAAGGAGCAAUGGGUGGAAAGGAUCUCCUCUCCGCAGCUGACGAAAUCCAGAAAAUGGCCGAAACAACAUUAGGAGGAAAAUUCGAAACUGUCGUUGCAUUGGAUGAUUUCGCUUACAAAUCUCAUUUCAAGGUAAGUUUCCAUUGUAAUAAAUAUUUGUGCGCUUCACCUCAGUCACUGUGGUUCUAAUU